CAGCAGAUCACCGAUCAACGGAAAGAGCCAAAUAUGUCGGCUCAGUCAUGUGAUCAGCUGUAUCCAAUCACAUCAGUGCUACUUGUCAGUGUCCAUCAAUGUCAGCUGUCAGUGCCCAUAAGUGCCUCAUCAAUGCUACAUAUCCGUGCCUACCAGUGCCAAUCAGUGCCACCUAUCAGUGCCAGUAAGUGCUGCGUAUCAGUGCCAGUCAAUGCCGCAUAUCAGUGCCGUCUAACAGUGCCGUCUAGUCAGUGCCACCUAACAGUGCCAGUCAUUUCCGCCUAUCAGUGCCAUUCAGUG